CAAAUCCAACCGAUUGAACUACAAACGUUAACGAAAUGCAUUUAAACGUUUUUGUUGAUUUUACAUAUUAACGAAUCGCUUGGUUCAGACGGUUCGUUUAGGGAAAAUGACUCAACCGGGCAUACUACAGCGAAGGCACGUCUCAUGAAUAUGUCAUAUGUUUUAUAACCGUCCAAUAGAAAAGCUGUUCUCGGGAAUAUCACGCGCCUUCGCCAUAGUAAACCAGACACCCGGAAGAGCCGCGCGACGUGCGUGACCGUCAGCGUGUGGGACAGAAAUCCACUUAGAAUCUGCGAGUCGCGAUUGGGCGCGCGCACACACACCUCCUCCCGCCACCUUUCCGUCAGGCUCCGGUACACAAACAGACGGCGAACUGAAUUAAGUCAUACAGCAGGUGACAUUGACCGUGACGGUGACUGUACAGUCGGUGUCGCGUGCAUGCAUCAUAAUAACUGCAGGACUGCUGCAACCUACAGGCGUUUCAUCGCAGGACAGGCCCGGGAGUCAAGCCGAGUUCACUGUCGUGUAUUAUCAGACUCAUCUGAGGUGAAGCUUCUUUGAGUUCCGUUUGUUUCAGUGAUGGACUUCCUCGCGGGCUGCAUCGGAGGUGCCGCCGGCGUCCUCGUUGGGCAUCCGUUUGAUACGGUUAAGGUUCGUCUUCAGGUUCAGAGUGUAGAUAAACCGCUUUACAGAGGCACAUUUCACUGUUUCCAGUCCAUCAUACGACAGGAGUCUACGUUUGGUCUUUACAAAGGCAUCGGGUCGCCCAUGAUGGGCUUGACGUUCAUCAACGCCAUCGUCUUCGGUGUGCAGGGCAACGCCAUGCGCUGGUUGGAUGAGGACACGCCCCUGAAUCAGUUCCUGGCCGGGGCGGCGGCCGGCUCCAUACAAUGCGUCAUCUGCUGCCCCAUGGAGCUGGCCAAGACCCGCAUGCAGUUGCAGGGCACCGGCGAGAAGAAGUCGUCGACUCGGAAGCUGUACAAGAACUCGCUGGACUGCCUGGCUCGCAUCUACCAGCGCGAGGGUCUGCGCGGGGUCAACCGGGGCAUGGUCACCACCCUGAUCCGAGAGACGCCUGGCUUCGGCGUUUACUUCCUGGCGUACGACCUGCUGACGCGCUCGCUGGGCUGGGAGCCGGAGGACCCGUACAUGAUUCCCAAACUGCUGUUUGCCGGCGGCAUGUCUGGAAUCGCUUCGUGGCUAUCUACGUACCCCGUGGACGUGAUCAAGUCCCGCCUCCAGGCCGACGGGGUGGGCGGGAAGUUCCAGUACAGCGGUAUCAUGGACUGCACGCGGAAGAGCAUCGAGCGAGAAGGUUGGAGGGUUUUCACGCGCGGACUGACCUCCACUCUGCUCCGGGCGUUUCCCGUCAACGCCGCCACGUUUGCCACCGUCACCCUCUUCCUCAUGUACGUGCGACCCGACGAGGGUCGUAAAGACUGCGAAACGGCUCCGGCCCAUCAUGCCGCGUUACAGCAGCAAGCGCAUCCGUCCAGUCUGUGAGUAACUUUCUCUGAGCGGCUGACGGAAGGAACUAGUUUGACGGCUGACCGGUUACUAAAUAGAAUUGCACAACUUUUCAUGUACAUUCAGUUGAUCUCCAAGAACUGCUGCGGUUGUAAAUAUUUAUUUUUUAUAUUCUAUAAUAUUUAACAACAAGAACAAAGAGAAUAGUGUUUCCUUUUUCUGCCUUAUAAGAACAGCGUACGAAUGCGACUUGUGAAAGUAAGAUUGUUGAUGAAAUCGACAGCUGUCUACGGCACCUUUUGUUUUUACACGGCAGAACUAGAAAACUCGUCUGUUGGCUUUGCCGACACGUGCUGCGCUAAAAAGAUGCAAAGUAAUCUCUAAAAAAACCCUCUCAUUCUUACUGUACAGGAGGUGGAGUCUGGUGAGAGAUGAUGUCAUGUUUUAUUUGUAACACUGAAGACGAUGAGGUGUAGACGAUACAAACAUAUUCAACUGAACCUGUCAGCCUCAUUUUCAUUCGUGUCAAAUUAAACAUGACCUCAACCCCAAAAGAUGUCCUGAUCUGCCUUUGUUUUAAUAUUCUGAGCCGUGAAUCUCGUAGUCUGAGAGGCUCCGUCAAAUUUGUGAAAAUAUCGAUUUUAUUGUUUGAUCAUUUGUCCAACGGUUAUAUUUCUUAAUUCGUGCAAUAGACAUAGUCUUCCAAACUGUUAUCGUUGUCUACUCAGACCGCGAGAAAAUCUCAUUCAAGUUUUUAAAAUUUAAAUCAGUUUUUUGGAUUCGUGCAGCUCACCUUAUGCUGUUUUAAAAAACAAGUAACCAAAGGUUUGUGUCCUGCACCCAAUUCUGUUACGUCUGUGUGAGUUACACACGGCAGGUGUGUUCGCCUGGAGAAAUGACAGCAAUAUUGGCUUGGUUUUGUUUUUUAAAACAUCGAGAUGCGAGUUGUGUGACGGUGGAUUUUCACAGGAACUGUAUCAGUUGUGUUAUUAGAAUUGAAACGGCCUGCUGCAUUUCUCGUGUGACAUCUCUUGAUGAACUAAUGCAUGUGAUGUGUCAGUCAUGCUGGAAAAUCAAGAUAUAUUUUAUGUUUGUAUAUAUCCUGGCUUGAGAUUUUUUUCUUGCAUAUAGAAAUGUGUGUAAAUAAGUUAGUGGCAUAUAUUCGUUGUCAGAGUGCUGAAUGUGCAAGACAAAAUGCACCUCGAGUAGGGCUGUCAAACGAUCAAUCGCAUCCAGAAGAAAAGUUUGUGUAAUAUAAGUAUUGUUAAACAUAAAAACAUACAGGCAUAUACUGUAUGUUUAGGAAAUAUUGACAUGUAUUUAUUUAAAUUUACCAAUAAUUUGAACUAUAGAUGUAUAAAUGUUUAUACAUUUUUAGAUUUGAUAUUUUUCUUAAAUAUAUGCAUGUAUGUGUUUAUAAAUACAUAAUUAAUAUGUACACUACACAGACAUAUAUUAUGUAAACACUAACUUUUAUUUUGGAUGCGAUUAAUCGUUUGACAGCCCUAACAUUGUGAAAGAAUCGUAGGCAUUUUAAAGAAAUGUGUUGCUGUUUUUUGUGUGUUCUAAUGUAAAUAAUCUAGUAUUCUAAAUGGAAGUUUAGACGCUUUGUGUGCUAUCUGUGAGGAAUGUAAAUAAAGCGGAUCAGUUGUGUUUUAUGGAGUUAAAUCGGUUGCAAUAGUACUUUUAAUAGCUUGAGACAUUUUCAUGUUUGUGGUUACUGCUAAUGCUGAAGAGACAGAAGAACAUUGAGUCUGGCCUAUUUUUGUAAGAAAAUCUCCGUUCAGCCUUGCUCCCAUUUGUUGUUGGCCUCGACCGAUUUACAAAUUGCUUUUGGUCAACUUGAAUGAAAUGUGAAAAUAAAUA